AUGUCAGCUGUCAAUGACACCAAAUUCAACUCUGCAGUGUUCCUUCUCACUGUGAUACCUGGGCUGGAAGACGUCCAUCUCUGGAUCUCCAUCCCCUUCUGCUUAAUGUAUGUUAUUUCAAUAGUAGGAAAUUCACUCAUUCUGUUCAUUAUAAAAACAGACUUGAGCCUCCAUGAGCCUAUGUACAUUUUCCUUUCCAUGUUGGCCAUCACAGACCUUGGCAUAUCCAUAACCACCAUACCAACGAUUCUGGGCAUUUACUUGUUUAACUCUAGGGAGAUCAGCCUCAAUGCCUGUUUAGCCCAGCUGUUCUUCAUCCAAUUGCUUCAAUACACUGAAUCCUCUCUGCUGUUGCUGAUGGCCUUUGACCGCUUCAUCGCCAUCAAUAACCCGCUGAGAUAUGCUUCCAUCUUAAACUCACAGAGGAUCGCCAAGAUGGGACUGGUGGCUGUGCUAAGAGCGAUGGUCCUAAUACUUCCUCUUCCCUUUCUCCUGAAACGGUUGCAAUACUGUCGAGCCAAUGUCCUUUCCCAUUCCUACUGCGUGCACCGGGACGUCAUGAAGAUGGCAUGUUCGGACAUCACAGUCAACAGCAUCUAUGGAUUGUUCACUAAACUCUUCCAGAUGGGGUUGGACUCACUGCUCAUCUUUCUCUCUUAUGUGAUGAUCCUCAAAACAGUGCUGAGUAUCGCGUCCUACGAGGAGUGCCUGAGGGCCCUGAACACCUGCGUCUCUCACCUCUGCACCCUCCUGCUCUUCUACACACCAGAGAUCAGCUUGUCUGUGAUACACAGAUUUGGGAAGGGCUCUUAUCCCUUACUUCAGAGUCUCUUGGGCUACAUGUCCCUGCUUCUCCCAUCACUGAUGAACCCAAUUGUGUACAGCAUGAAAAGCAAACACCUUCGCGUCAGGAUAAUCAAGUUGUUCAUCAAGUGA